AUACGUUUAUUUUGAAAUGCACAACCGGAAGCGCUUUCUGUUUACAUCCUGAACUUGAUGGUCCAUCUGGAAACGCCCAUUUUCCCUCGCGCCCGCCCCGACAGCUGGAAGCGGUCCUCCCUCUUCAGGAGCUCGAUGUUCCGCCUGGAUGUCAAAGCCUGCCGCUAUUUUCCAGCAACAGAUGUCUGAGACUUAGCCAGCUAAGAAGAGGACUUCCCUCUCAAGCCUUCCACCUGCAGCCAUGAAUGGUGAAACCAGUGUGUGGGCCAUCACUCCUGAGGAGAGGGGGAAACAUGACAAGCAGUUUGACACUCUCUGCCCCGUCCUCGGCUACGUCUCAGGAGAGCAAGCGAGGAAAUUCUUUCUCCAGUCAGGCCUGCCUGCUUCUGUCCUGGCUGAGAUUUGGAAUUUAUCCGACUUGGACAGUGAUGGGAAGAUGGACAGGCUGGAGUUUUCCAUCGCUAUGAAACUCAUUAAACAUAGAUUACAGGGGUGGAACUUGCCUUCUUCCUUGCCGACUAUCAUGAAACAACCUCCUGUUUCCAAUUCUAGUGUCUCCUCAGCUCGAUUUGGAAUGGGAUCUAUGCCAAACCUGUCAGUUGGUCUAUCAUCCAUGUCAACCAUGCCUAUCAUGUCCACCCUAACUCGCAUCCCAGCUAACCCCCCUUUGCCCUCCAUGGUUCCACUGGUGCCAAUGCAAAUGACCCUGCCCCUUAACUCCUCCUUUGGAAACUCUGGGCUCCCCAAUGGCAAUGUUAGCCUCCUAACACCACCUCCCAUUCCCAACAGUACAGGCCCCCCUCUGUCUGGCUUCUCCUCUCCCAUGGCCUUCUCUCCAUCCACCGGCAUGUCAAAGGCCAACUCUCUGCUGGACCUGGGAUCAAGCAGCUCAAACUCCUCCUCCGCCACCUCCCUGGCCAGCACCUCCCCAAAGAUGGGAGCAGGUGACUGGGCCGUCCCGCAAGCCUCUAGGCUCAAGUACCGCCAGCAGUUCAACACGCUGGACAAGCUCAUGAGUGGCUAUCUUUCAGGACCACAGGUUCGAAAUGCACUGAUGGCAUCUAACCUAACCCAGACUCAACUCGCCACGAUCUGGUAUCUGGCUGACGUGGAUAAGGACGGUCAGCUGCGGGCCGAUGAGUUCAUUCUGGCCAUGCAUCUGGUGGACAUGGCUAAGACUGGAUACCCCCUACCUCUAACACUGCCUCAGGAUCUGGUUCCUCCUUCUCUCAGAGGAGGAAUCAAGUUGGUUGAGCUUGUUAACGGGACGGGACCCUGCACAACGCCGAAUUUAAUCGACACAGCAGAGACUGAACCCUCUCAAAAAAGCAAAACCAAUGUGUCCUACGAGGACAAACUGAAGGAGAACUUUGCGCGAGGCAGCGCCGAGCUGGAGAAACGUCGGCUUGCUCUCGAGGAGGAGCAGAGGAAAGAGCGGGAGAGGAGAGACAAGGAGGAGAAGAGGGCUCAGGAGCAGAGGGAGAGAGAGGCCAGGGAGCUGGAGAAUCGGAGGAGGCUGGAGGAGGAGAGGCGGCUGGAGAGGCAGCGGGAGAUGGAGAGGCAGCGGGAGGAGGAGCGGCUGCGGGAGCUGGAGAGGAAAGAGGCAUUAAAGCAGGAGAUGGAGCGGCAGAGGCGAGAGGAAUACGAGAGGAGGAGGAAAGAGGAGCUGGCGCAAAGGAAAGAGGGGGAGCAAGAGGAGAUCUCUCGACUCCGAGCAAAAAAAAGGAGUCUGGAGUUGGAGCUUGAGGCUGUGGGCAAAAAGCACAAACAGAUUUCCGACCAUCUCCGCGAUGCUCAGAGUAAGAGGCGGAUUCAGAAGGCGGAGGUGGACCUCGUCAAUCAGAAGCGAGAUGCACGCAUCGCUGAGAUAAACACCCUUCAGCUUGAGUUUGAGACCUGGCAGCGGAAGCUGUCUGAGCUGGUUCCAGAACAGCAGCGGCUGACGGAGAAGCUGCGGAAGAUGAGCCUCAACAAGCUGUCCUCCGUGACUUUGACAUCGCUGACCGGGAACGUGACAGAGAAGAGCGUCAACUGCCGCCGGCUGAAGGACCAGCUGGACACGCUGGAGAAAGAGACGACGGACAAACUGACCCAGAUGGAGCAGUACAACAAAGAGCUUAAGCUUGGGGAAAUAGAUGACUGUGUCCUGCGAGGCCUUCUGUCCCUGCUGGCCUGCCUCAGCCAGCUCUUCCUUCUUAUCAAGGAGCUGAGGGAGAAGCAGGUGAAACAGCAGGCUGUCCUCGACGACCUGUACAGAGUCAAGGAGGAAAAACUCAAAGAGCUGCAGAGGCGCAGAGAGGAGGAGCGAGAAAGGAGGAGGAGAGAGGAGGAGGAGGAGGCAGCCAGGCAGAAGAAGCUGGAGCAGGAGAAGAGAGAGCAGGAGCAGAGAGAAAAAGAGAAGAAGGAGCGAGAAGAAGAGGAGGAGCGUCAGAGGAGGCUGCUGAAGGAGCAGUGGGCCAGGCAGAGGGAGGAAGAGGAGCGGGAAGCACAGGCUCGCCUCCGGGCGGCCCAGGAGAAAGCACAGGAGGAGGAGAGGAGAAGGAGAGAGGAAGAGGAGAGGAAGAGGAGAGAGGAGGAGGAGGAGAGGAAGAAGAGAGAUGAAGAGAGGAAACUGAAGGAGGUGGAAGAGAUGAAGAGGAAGGAACAGGAAAGAGGAGAAGGAAAACUUACAACGUACAAAGCUUUGUAUUCCUUUGUUGCCCGAAACGCAGAUGAGCUGAGCAUAGAUGCAGACGGCCUCAUCCAGGUGGAUGAGCACGUUGUGGGCGAGCCUGGCUGGUUGUGUGGGACGUACUGUGGAAAGAGGGGCUGGUUCCCUCAAAGUUACGCACAGAAAUGCCCCGCCCCCCUCGCCGCCGAAGCUGCUCCUCCUCCUGCUGCUGCUGGAAAGAAACCCUGUCUUCAACCAAACGCAAAAGCUCCAGCUGUGGAGAAAGCAGACAGUAGCACUGCUCUUGUAAAUUCUGAUCCUUCACAGUGUUUGCUCGCCCGCGCCAUCUCUUCGUGGUCAGCCGCCUCAGACAGUCACCCGCCCGAGGCGGGCGGAGUGCUGCUGAGCCUCUCGCAGGGGGACGUCAUCACCGUGCUGCAGCAGAGGGAGGAGUGGUGGCUGGGGCAGCUCAACGGCACGCAGGGAUGGUUCCCCAGAAGUUACGUCACUCUGGAGGCAGACGGCAGUGGAGAGGCGGAUGGAACGGACUCAUUCGACUGCGCUCAGCUGGAGGCAGAAUAUGUAGCCUUGUACACAUACGAGAGCCCAGAGGCGGGGGACCUAACAUUUGCUGAGGGAGAUGUUGUCAUGGUGACGGAUAGAGAGGGGGAGUGGUGGCGAGGAUGCAUCGGGAACAAGACAGGAGUGUUUCCCUCCAACUACGUCCGCCCGAUUGAACCGGAGGCAUCAAGGCUUUCUGCCAAGAAACCUGAGAUCGCUCAGUCUGUCAUCACCACCAAGACCCCAGCAGCACAUCAGCUGCUUUUAUCUCCAGGACAACUGAUUGUCAUCUGUGCGAAGAACUCCACCGGGUGGUGGCUCGGGGAACUGCAGGCUCGUGGGAAGAAGCGACAGAGAGGCUGGUUUCACUCCUCUCAUGUUAAACUGCUGGGACCCUCCAGCACCAAGUCCUCCCCUUCUCCUCUGCCAGUGUGCCAAGUAAUUGCAAUGUACGACUACACCGCCGCCAAUCAGGACGAGCUGAGCUUCUCCAAGGGUCAGCUGAUCAACAUCCUCGACAAGACCAACCCCGACUGGUGGAAAGGAGAGGUCAAGGGGGUCACCGGCCUGCUCCCCACCAAUUAUGUGAAGAUGACGACAGAAUCGGACCCCAGCCAGCAAUGGUGUGCGGACCUGAUGACUCUGGACACCAUGGCCCCUCCAGAGAGGAAGCGGCAGGGUUACAUUCAUGAGCUCAUUCAGACAGAGGAAACCUACGUGGAGGAUCUGGAGCUGGUUCUGGAGGUGUUCCAUAAACCCAUGUCUGAAUCCGGCCGCCUGACGGAAGCAGAGAUGGCCACCAUCUUUGUUAACUGGAGGGAGCUUAUCAUGUGCAACCUCAAAUUUCUCAAGGCCUUGCGGACUCGCAAAAAGACCGGAGGGGAGAACAUGCCCAUCCAGCUGAUAGGAGACGUGCUGGCGUCGGAGCUUGCACAAAUGCAUCCUUACAUCUGCUUCUGCUCCUGCCAACUCAACGCUGCUGCACUGCUUCAGAGCAAAACCAACAACCAGCCUGACUUCAAAGACUUCCUACGAAAGAUAGCCACUAAUUACCGCUGUAAAGGAAUGCCGCUGUCCAGCUUCCUCCUCAAGCCCAUGCAACGAAUCACUCGCUACCCUCUGCUGAUAAAAAAUAUCUUAGAGAACACCCCAGAAAGCCACGCAGACCACGCCCCCCUGCGGGAAGCUCUGGAGCGGGCCGAGGAGCUGUGCUUUCAGGUGAACGAGGGGGUCAGAGAGAAGGAGAACUCAGACCGGCUGGAGUGGAUGCAGAACCACGUCCAGUGUGAAGGGCCUAUUGAGCAUUUGGUCUUCAACUCUUUAACUAACUGUCUGGGGCCACGCAAGCUGCUCCACAGCGGUCGGCUUUACAAAACGAAAAGCACCCGAGAGCUGUGGGCUUUCCUCUUCAACGAUUUCCUCCUCCUCACCCACAGCGCCAAACAUUUCUCCUUCUCGGGAUCGGACAAAUUGUUCAGCCCCAAAACCAGCGCUCAGCUCAAGAUGUACAAAACGCCAUUGUUUCUGAAUGAAGUUCUGGUGAAAAUGCCUCCGGAUCCAUCCAGCGACGAGCCGGUCUUCCACGUCUCGCACAUCGAUCGCGUUUACACGCUCAAAACCGAAACUCUGAGUGAGAGGGCAACGUGGGUGCAGAAAAUAAAAGCAGCAUCGGAACAUUUUAUAGAGACAGAAAAGAAAAAAAGAGAGAAAGCGUACCAAGCUCGCUCCCUAAAGACGAGCGGAAUCGGUCGACUGCUGGUCACCGUCAUUGAAGCUCAGGAGCUCAAAGCUUGUAAGCCAAACGGCAAGACUAAUCCGUACUGUGAGCUGACGAUGGGGGCUCAGUGCUACACGUCCCGUCCAGCCAGUGAUACCUCGAACCCCAAGUGGAACUUCAGCUGCCAGUUUUUCAUCAACGACCUCUACCAGGAUGUCCUGUGCAUCACUGUGUUUGAGAAAGAUCAGUUCUCUCCAGACGAUUUCCUAGGUCGCACUGAAGUUCCCGUGGCAACCAUAAAGAAGGACAUGGAGAGCAAAGGAGCGGCAAACCGCCGCCUGCUGCUGCACGAGGUCCCCACGGGAGAAGUGUGGGUCAAGCUUGACCUGCAGCUUUACGAGCCAAGCCGAUGAUCAAUGUUGUUUGCAUCAGUCUUAGUUCAAAACAAUAGCAGUCUGUGAGCAGAUCAGCCACUGGUUCAGAUCCGGGGAAUCGUCAGACUAACUCAAAAGAAUAUAUUUAAGACCUUAAGGCAUGGUAGCCUUGUCUUUUUUACACUAGUGAUGACGCUUAGUAGGUCAAAAUACCUGAAGAGGUUGCUUAACUGCUAUUACUCUGAAUGCAUUUGAACCAUGCAAAUGUUUUAUAAAAUGAAAAUGUAAGAAGUGCCUAUGCAAUCUCUUGCACAAUUUGACAUUAAAAAGUUGAGGAAUUGUGAUCCUUUACUUUUAGAACUUUUGUUUGUUUGUUUUACCUCAGGCUUGAUGUUAUAAAAAAGACUGCUAAGAUGUUCCACUUUAUCACUGGAUUUUUAACUUUACUAUUUUUGAUGUUUAAUGAUGUGACGUAAAGAUUCUGCUUUACAGCUAAUGAAGGAAAAUGUGUGAUAAUGUAUGGAAGCUUUGCACAUUGUGGUGUAACCACGAGGCUUAAUAACAAAUAAAUUAAAAAAAUUACUUAAAUGAA